CGCGCCUGUCCCUCCUAGCCAUAACCUGGCCUCCAUUUCAUAGCAUUGAUAAUAUCAUAAUACUGACCUGACAUCAUCUAGAGCAUUACUUACAUGUGCACUUACAUACCAACUUCUGUCCUAAGAUUCGUGGGCCCAGUCAUCAUCACCUCAAUAGAUGCUGUGUAAGGUUUCAUGAAGUGACAUUCAGGGAAAGGCAGAAUGAAUUUUGACAAAGUUCUGGACCGGAUUGGAGGGUUUGGACGCUUCCAGAAGACGCUUUAUGUGUGGAUCUGCCUGCCACAGAUCUUCUUGGCCUUCCACAUGUUGGUGUCUGUCUUCACUGGGGCUGUGCCCCCUCACCUGUGCAGAUCCACCUGGCCACCAGGCGACGGUGGUGGCCCUAUGCUGGAAUUUAACUUCAGCAAUGCUCCUGUGGAGUCCUGCGCAUUUGUUCAGGAUGUCCCUAUGUCCCAGCAUAAUCGCAGUCUACCAAUUACUGAGCACUCGUCUACUUCAAAUGGCUGUACAGGAGGAUGGGAAUUCAGCAAGGAAGUCUUUCUCAACACUGUUGUCAGUGAGUGGGACCUUGUGUGUGAAAAUGCUACAUUGAAUAACAUUGGAUCUUCUAUCUAUAUGUUUGGGCUGCUAGUUGGAGCUGUUUUGUUUGGCGCCCUCUCUGAUAAGUAUGGCCGCAGAAUGAUCAUAUUGAUUGGUUUAGCAGUACAGUCCAUCUUUGGAGUGGGGGUCGCUUUCGCUCCAAAUUUCUACAUAUACGUCCUGCUUCGCUUUGUGGUGGGAAUGACGAUUUCUGCAGUAAUCAUGAAUGCAUUUGUGUUGGGCACUGAGUGGACGGGCCCUAAAAAACGCAUGUUGGCCGGUGUCAUCACAGACUACUUCUUUGGUUUUGGCUACAUUCUGCUUGCAGGUGUGGCCUACCUCAUACGAGACUGGCGAAAGCUGCAGUUGGCCAUUUCUGCCCCAGGCUUCCUCUUCCUGUUCUACAUCUGGGUGCUUCCUAAGUCUGCCCGUUGGUUAAUGGCCAAUAACAAGCAUGAAGAGGCACUGGAUCUGAUUCGUAAGGCAGCACUUAUUAAUGGCAAACCUCUGGUAGAUGAUGACAUUGAGCUCUGUCAGAGCCCUAAACACUUAGAGAAACUGCAAGACCUGAGGAAGUACACUGUCAUCGAUUUACUCCGAACACCCAAAAUGAGGAAACAGUCCCUCGUUCUCUUCUACCUGUGGUUUGUCAAUGUCCUGGUGUACUAUGGGUUGUCUCUGAAUAUUUCAGACUUUGGGAUGAAUAUCUACCUGACACAGAUGAUUUUUGGCUUAGUGGAGAUGCCAGCGCGAACCAUUACUCUCUUCACCCUAAACCGCUCACGCAGGAUAUCCCAGUUAGCAUUCUUGGCAGUAGGCGGCCUGGCCUGCCUUCUUACCAUAUUCAUUCCAGAUGAUCUAUCUAUUGUUCGCACUGUACUUGCCAUGGUGGGCAAGUUUGGCAUCACCGCCUCGUUGUCCAUUGUAUACAUUUACUCAGCAGAGGUCUUCCCAACAGUCAUCAGACAAAACGGCAUAGGUAUGGGUUCGAUGUGUGCACGGGCUGGCGGAGUGAUUGCACCCAUCAUCUACCUCUUGAGAAACAUCAGCCGUCACGCCCCAAUGGUGGUAUUCGGUCUGUGCCCGCUCAUAGGAGCUGCCCUCACUAUGUUUCUACCUGAGACAGCCCAUAAGCCCCUUCCAGACACUAUAGAGGAUGUGGAGUGCACAGGUGUGAGCACUACGGAUGAGAAGUCACAACACGCUUUGUAUGAAGAAUGUCCCAAACAGAACCCAGAGGGCAUUCUCUGAACUCUAGUCUACAGUAGACUGUCUCCAAACAACCAUCUCAGAACGAGAGAAUUGUCCUGUGUCAUUUCCAACAAUUCUCUCCAGGGGCGCUUGAAGAUAAAGUGCUUCUCAAAAAAAAAAAAAGAUAUAAUGCUAAAGAUACAUCUUUGUACCUUAUUUGACCUUUAAUUGUACAUACCCUAGUAAAAAAGUACAAUAUAUUUAAAAUACAUUUAUUUCUUACUGAGUAUAAUUAAAAUAUGUAAACACUUUAAUAAAAAACUUUAUUUGGAGUACUACUUGGCAUACAUUUAUGUAUAUUAAUAUUUUACUAGGGUAUUACUGCCUUAAAGGUAAAUAUCAUUAAUUUAACAGUGCACAUUAGUUUGAAAGAGUACUACUCUUUUUUUCUGAGUGUGGUAUGAAAUGCGAAAAAAUGCAGUGCUAGCAUGUACAAUAAUAUACUUCGAUACAAGGGCAUUUUCAUUUGAGUUGUUGUUUUUUUUUUUAAGAUAAAAUUGAAGUCUUGAAUUUUAAGACAUCAGAUAAUCUGUUUUAUUCUGCUUGCCAGGUUUGUGAAUUUUUGGAUAUGUGCAAUUCUUCACAUCGUCUGCUCUAUGCACUAAAAUACUUCUCUUAUAUUUACUUAUUUGUGGUUAUAGCUUUCAAGAGUAUGAUCAUUUAUUACACACAAUGAACACAAUUACAACGGAUUAUAUUUCUCAUAGUUACAAUGCAUUAUAAAUCUCAUGUUUUGCUAUUUUACUUUUGUUUCUUUACUUAAAGUACACUCUUAAGUAAUAAGAAUAAUAUUUUUUGCUCAAACUGCCUUACGAUCAGAAAUGGGAUUAGAUGAAUGUAUAAUAUGACACAUUUGCUUUGAACUUUUUUUUAAAAAAUAUAGUAUCAGUUUGAUUAUUUGGAUGGUACCCUUUAGACAGCUGUUGAUAAAUGACUCUGCAACUAUGUCAACUAGCAAGUGAAUGUCAACUAGCCCUCACUAGAGUGUUAGUAGUGUGUCGCUAAAUAUAUGCUAACACUUUAUAUUGAUGGUUCCUCAAGAAACAUACUGAGUAUAGGAUACUUUGCAAGUGAACAUUCUACCUAUCCUAAGUCUACUAAUGCUCUAAUACUACUAGUACUAAUACUAAUGCAUGUUUUUCAGUUGAAAGUACAGGAAACACUCAAAUAACACACGGCACCUCACCACUCACAAGAUGUUGUAAGGUAGCCUACUGUGCAGAUCUUUAAAUACACAAUGUCAAGAUAUGAUAUAGUCCAUUAUAAAUUAAGUAGAUUUAAUAUGGUGUUCAUUGUGUGUUAUAUAUAAUCAUACUCUUAAAAGUUAGCACAAAUACGUAAAUAAUAUAAUAGAUACCAUUUUGGCAUCAGUAAAUCUCCAUCGGGUCACCUGGUAUUUAUGACUGACUCAGAAAUUGACCUUCUUUGCAUGAAUGCCAAGCUCAAUAGAGCCUGAUUAUAUGGCUAUAAAUACUCGACUAACUACUGUUUCUAAUCAUCUUAAAACAUUUUACAAUUACCAAAACUCUCAGUCAGCCUUAAAAGUAAA